GUUACAGCGUGUGUUUAGUGGCGGGAUAGCUGCUUCAACAAACGCACUGCUCUAAUACUUAUUAAUACAUAUACACACUCGGAGUAGCGAACUCUCCGACAACUUGUCAAGAACGCCGGCCAGUUUACCAGGAUGUUGUUCAUGAGUUGUUUCCGUGUGGUGAGGUCUACUUAAGUGUAUACGUGGAUACAAUUUCCUCUGGAAAGCAUAAUACUUGGUUUUCUCACAGUUCGUGGUUGUAAGCGUGAUACAUUUGUGAAAUAUCAUCUUAUGUUUCUGGGUAUGGACUACGAAGAUAAACUUGUACCAUGCGGAGGACCGCCAGAGCAGGACGAUGUGCUGUGAUGAAGUAAGGUGUGACAUAUAGAGACGAAAAAUAUAAGUUAGCUUCAUUUAAACUAAGAAGAGGACACCAUUUUAUUCACUAUGGAUUUACGGCGAGUGUUACAAGGGAUGUUGUGUUUGUCUGUGUUUGUUACGAUGUUCUCCACAGUACCAGUACCCAGGAACCGGAAACGGAAGAUGAGGCCGUGUAGGUGUAAAAAGUUAUUUAAAGAUAUUAAUGACGUUAUUGAUUCUAAAUUUAAAACAUUAGAGGAAAAGUUUGCGGAACGUUUACCAAUUGUGAAUGACUUGAGUGUUAAUGAUACGUUAAGUUUACAAGAAAUGAACUCAAGAAUGAGUCGAUUAUAUCGGGACGUCCAGGCGACGGAUGAAGUGUUACGGCGCGAAAGUCUCGCGCUUCGACAAGUGAAAGAACAUAUGCAAACACAGAGUGACACUAUGGGGAACAUGAGUGAGGGUCUUAGUGCUGUCGAAGCGAUCGUCAGAAACUUAACAAAAGUUGUGGAAAAUUUGAGAGUUAUCUCUUCCAGUUCUAUAAGUAACGCCAUUGUGCAUCAAACUACGACGAUAACGGAAGUUCCUACUACACAUGCGCCGCAUCAACCAGAAGUACCAUCACAAGUUGGUCCAGCGGCGAUUGUUUAUCCGAGACAUUGUCAUGACGUGUACCGGAGUGGUGGACUACGUUAUGAGGGCGAUUACUACAUCAUGAUCCAGCCAGAGAGAGCCCCCGCCCCGUACAAGGCACUGUGUAAAGCCAGGGAGGACGGAGGCUGGACAGUGAUACAGCGCCGACUGGACGGGGCAGUGGAUUUCUACCGGAAUUGGACGGAGUACAAAAACGGUUUCGGGAGCUUAUCUGGCGAGUUCUGGAUAGGGAAUGACAAUAUUCAUCGUCUGAGCAGCCAAGGUAAAUUUAAACUUCGAGUGGAGAUGGAACAGUGGAACGGAAGUAAGUACCACGCCAUUUACGACUUUUUCCGUAUUGAAGACGAAACAAAUGACUACAGGCUUCACGUGAAUGGUUACCAUGGAACCGCCGGUGACUCGAUGACGUCAACUCGAGAGAACCACGAUGGCGUUCGGUUUAGUACCUACGAUACGGACAAUGAUCGCCGCCCGUUUGACAACUGUGCAAUGCAUUACCGUGGAGGCUGGUGGUAUAACGAUUGUUUCGACUCAAACCUCAAUGGACGCUAUUAUCAGAAAGGAUUUCACAACAAUUUCUUCAGACAAAAUGGCAUACAUUGGAACAGCCUACACAAAUAUUCCUCACUCAAGAACGCGCAGAUGAUGGUCAUGCCAGCGUCAGACUUUACUGCACACAACAAGGUAUCGCCAAGAGCAUGAGUUCUGUGACGUCAUCUUUUCUAUGCUAAUCGCGUCACCUAGUCAUUAGCAAUGCAAUAGUGUACACGUGUGUACAUCUGAUGUGCAGAUGACGAGAACAUUGCAACGGACUCGUUUAACAAAGAUAUUGUAUAAAACAGGUUGUGAGAAGGAGACUGUUGUUCUGAAUCUGCUCACGUACACUAAAAUAUCUGGAUUAUAUACUGAGGAUGCCCAAACUCACAAGACAAGAAACCAUAGAAUACUCAUACAUGUGUCAGUUUGGGCGAUAUGUGAUACUCGGAAGAGAAAGUCUAGCUUCCUGUUAUUCAUGUGUGUCUUACUUGGAUAUACAUACUUCCUGUUUGCUUAACUGCUUAUACUGACUUCCUGUUUUGAGCGGACUAUUCGACGUCUGGGAAGGACCAAGUUUGUGAUUUCCGGUCACAAUCGGAUUUGAUUAAUUACAAUUUCUUCCAUAACCUAACGUUAUUAAUGUCGUCCAUUUGUGGAAUAAAAUAUCUACAAGGUGCUAACUACAUACCAAUGGACGCUGUGCCCGUGGUGUAUUACUACGCAAACCUAAGUACUCACUUUAUGUUUCCGCGCCAGUGUCGUAAAAUUUGAGUAACAUGGUGCUGUACUGUAUAAAAGCUCAUUUUCAUGCAGAUGUGUUUGUUGAUGGUUCUGACCGGAGUCACAGUGACCUAUUUUAGACGUUUGAUAUAAAACACGUGACAGCAAUAUUGAAAUCACAACAAUAUGAUAUCUACAUGUGAUUACAUUGCCCUAUUUAAAACUUUGGCCAUUGGCGUGCUGAUGGGGACUGGACAGUCACAUGAUGUGACCGUUACAUAAUUAAACCCAAGUGGAAAAUUUAAGAGUUAUAUAUAUGGAACCACACUAUAAGAAAUGAAAUGGCAAAUUAUGUUAUCAUGUUGUAGAAUGUUAUUGUAGUUCUACUUAACUUAUUAACGGACUAUCGCGACAUAGACGUUUGGUAUACUGACGAAGUGUCAGGUGUCAAUUCAUACCGUAUUUAUGUCCGAUUGUCUACACACUGUCUCUUCUUUUUACCCAUUCAUUGUAUAUUUUGAACAUUAAAUGUAAAUACGUGACAAAGUGUUAAGAGAAUGAUACAAGAAGCCGUUAUAUACCCUGCACUAUGGAGUAGCCGUGUGUAUAUACUUAAGGGGGAUGUAUAUAUUUAUUGUCACGUGCACACGCGACCUUAUGUUAACAAUGACGUUCGACUUUUGGAUAUUAUUUAUUAUUGAUGAUAUAGUUGUAUAAUGUGAUGUCAUAUGUUGAUGUUAUUCAACAAAACUAUGAUAUUUUCCUUGUCUUAUUCGGUAUUGUCGAUUUUUCUUACUUUUUUAAAAUAUUUUAAAAUUGUAUUUUAUUUAACACAAAACACCAACUUGUGGACCACAUGAUUUUAUUAUCUCUGUAGAUUGUACCACGUAAAUAUCGCCAAUCAGCUAAUAAAGUGAUCAAUUCUCAUAACUUUAUUCCAAUCUUAACUUUAUUCCAAUUUAGUUCAAUUUAUUCUAUAAAUACACUUAAUAUGUGAAUCUUCAUUUCCAAUAUUGUACAAGUUUUAAUCAGCGUUCGCUAAAGUACAACAGUUUGGUAUAAAGUGAUGUGCGCUGUUCAUUUCCCAAGGUCACCUGUCCUUGCCAA